AUGGCACAUGUAGGUUGUAUCACCCGCGCUUCGUCCUUAGUUCGCCUAUCGCCGCCCGUUCCCGAGCACGCGGAGUCGCGUUCACGCAAACCCACAGUGUCGCUCUCACAGCGCCCACGCACUCCCGCUCCUCGCGCCGCUUCCGUCGCCGCGAUUCCCGCUGUCUCACUCCUCGCCGCAUUGCCAGCGUCCGCGGCUGCGGCGCUUGCGGAGGAAUCACCCGCUACCGACAAAGUGCGAUCCGCCGUCGGGAGCUUAAUUACUGCCGCGGAAGAUCUCGAACGCGCCGCCGCGUCGGCAGCCGGAGUAGAUAAGGCGCGAUCCGCGGUGGGAAGUCUAGUAUCCGCCGCGGAGGAUUUGAAACGCGCGGCGGUUUCCGCGUACCGCGAUGUGGCCGGCGCGGGAUCCGCGGGCGGGGAUACCGCGCAGUUUGAUUCCGCGGUGGGGGAUAUAGUCUCCGCGACAGGGGAUCUUGAACGCGCGGCUGUAGGCAUUUUUGGAAAGGCAGUGUCAGCCGAAGAGAGCGUGUCGGAGCAGGUGGGCAAGCUGCUUGGUUCGGGUGCGGAAGCGACGCAGAAGCUUCUGGAAUCCAGCGGGGAAGCGCUACAGGCGGACACGGCAGGGGUGGCGAGGAUGAUUGGUGACGCCGCUGGCGCAGGCAUGGAGGCGAUUGAAAGACUGCUGGGGGAGGGGACUCCAUCACUGGAUGGCGUUUGGUCGCUGUCCCUCCCUACAAACGGAACCAUUUUCAACAGUGUCUCAUCAGCAUCCGCGUUUAUGGGUCAACCAGACGCGAUCAGCGAUUUCGAGAAGAGCAUUUCGGACGCGGAGUUGCGAGGGAUGGUGGACGAGUCGCUGGUUUGGUCGUCGCUCAACGGACUGGUCGUCGGCGAUCAGACGGUCGAGGACUCCGGUUCCGUUCCUGGGUCAGGUCUGGUCCCCGCGCCAGUGACGCUGCUCCCCACGCCCUUCCCAGCGCACCAUUUCCAUCGAGCCGUGGAGCUCGCCCCUCUCUUCAACGAGCUGGUGGAUGCCGUCAGUCAGGAUGCCGACUUCCUGCAAUCCACUCUCGCAAGUGCAGGGCUUUCUGACUCCUUCACAGCCGGUCUGCUCCGAAUACACGCUGAGAUACUCAAGCAGGGAAUUCAGCAGCCCAUACGACUGGGCAUGCACAGAUCCGAUUACAUGCUGGACACAGUGACAGGGGGCGUGCUGCAGGUGGAGCUGAACACCAUCUCCUCGUCCUUCCCUGGGCUCACCUCAAGGGUCACGGACCUGCACAGGCACAUGGUGGGGAUGUAUGGCGAGAAGGCCGGUCUGUCGGUGGACGCUGUGCCCCUCAACAUGGCAGCAACGGACAUGGCAGAUGCGCUGGCAGCAGCGUGGAGGGAAUACGGGGAUGAGAGCUCUAUGAUCCUGAUGGUUGUGCAGAAGCCAGAGCGCAACAUGUACGACCAGCACUGCUUGUCGCAACUCGUGUGGCAAAGGCAUGGGAUUAGAGUGCUGAGGAGGAGUUUGAGAGAGGUGCAGCAGCAGGGGGCAAUAACAGACGCUGGAGAAUUGACAGUUGAUGGCCAUCGCAUAUCAGUGGUAUAUUACCGUGCAGGAUAUGGUCCCGGUGAUUACCCGACCGAUCUGGAAUGGGAAGUUCGCCUGCUCCUUGAGCGAUCAGCAGCAGUGAAGUGUCCCACCAUCGCAUACCACCUUGCUGGAGCAAAGAAGGUGCAGCAGCAGCUGGCACAACCAGGCGUGCUGGAGAGGUUUGUGUCUGACGAGGCUUCCCUGCAGGCCAUGCGGCAAUGCUUCGCCGGGCUGUGGAGCCUGGAAGACGAUGGGAGGGGCGAUGAUGGAGCAGAACGGAGAGCAAUCAUUGCAAAAGCGAUUCAAGAACCGUCAGAGUUUGUGCUGAAGCCGCAAAGAGAGGGAGGAGGCAACAACAUCUACGACGAGGAAAUUACCAGGAAGCUCACGGAGCUGACAGAAGCAGGGGAGGCGGGGAGGCAGGAGCUAGCAGCCUUCAUUCUCAUGCAGCGGCUGUUCCCCCCCGUGCACCGAUCGGUUCUUAUCCGGCGCUGCCAAUGGAGCUGGAACGAUACCCUUUCAGAGCUAGGAGUUUACGGCACGUACCUCAGAAACGGAGACAAGGUGGUUAUCAACGCAGCAGCAGGCCACCUAUUGCGCACCAAAACCGCAAGCUCCAACGAGGGAGGGGUGGCCUCUGGCUUUGCGGUGCUUGACUCCCCGUACCUUGUUUAA